AUGCUGGACGACAUGGACGGGAGCACCCGUGUCGAUGCACUCGGGGUGCCAGUAACCAGCGAGUACGAGGCCAGUAACCCCGCCGGUGACAGGACCAGCCAGGGCAAGACCCAGGUUGAUUAUCUGACUCAAUUCAAGGAACGCAAUCUGGGACCAAAGUAUGCGCACCUCGUUAUCACCUUCCGCCAUGCUCCACCCCCCGGCCUCAGGUGCCAUCGCUGUCAAAAGGCUGAUGUAGCGCGGUGGCGUUGUGCCCACUGCAUGGUGAAAAGGGACUUCUGCGGCCCAUGUCUUCGCGACACUCACUGGCAGAAUCCGUUCCACACAGUAGGCUACUGGACCGGUCGGCACUAUCGUAGGGCUUGGUUGCGAGACGCCGGCCUGGCGAUUGAACUAUGUCCUAACGCCGCGCAUGGGGAAAGCUGUCCCACACGCCCGCGUCCUAGUAUAGACUUUGCCGCCCUGGACGGAGCUGCGCCACCCUCGUACGGCAGCUUCACCGUCGAAUCAAGCCCUCCUACAACCGAUGACGGCGGCGAUUGCCCUCUCACUUCUGUUCUAAACCCCGACGCCACAGUCCAUCUGCCUCCGGCGUUUGGCGAUCUAGAUGAGGGUGAAACUGAAGACCUUGAGCUCCCUGGCGCAGCAUCGAAUGAUGGAGAAUUCCAGCCCAUUGGCGAUGACGACGGUUAUGUGGCAGGGACAGAUGGGGAAGGGAUCCCUGAACCUGACAUUGCAGGAGUCGCUCGAGAGAGGGGUCGAUCGUCAAUUCCUACGAAGGAUAUCUACGGUUAUAGGACGUUGGUGAUCGUACACACCGAUGGCAUCCACGGCAUAGGCGUUGGCUUCUGCCGCUGUCAGGGAUCGCCUUCUGACAACGAGCAAUUGAUUAAGUAUGGCGGGCUUUAUCCCGUCACUCCAGAUGUCCCGUCGACAGCCUUCACCUUACAGUUUCUGGAAUACCGCCAUAUAGACGAUGUCGUCUGUAAGACCACCCCGCAAGCGCAUAUGCGGAAGAUUCGGCGAGCUACAGAGCCAGAGGACUUUCGUCUUGCUCCGAAUCGUUACCCGGAACUGUUACUUGUUGAUCGCCAGUUCUCGGCGAUUAAGAAUCUCAUUGACUUCGGUUUCGCGUCGCAACCUCUGGCCAGCUGGAAGGCUCCACCGGCUGGCGGCCUUGUAUGGAAAUGCGUGGUAUGCCCCCGCAAAACGCCCGACUUCAGUAACAUCCCGAAGGCCUGGGAAUCCAAUCCCCAGGAAUGGCGCAAGUUCAUUUCCUUGUGCUACGACGGCAACUUCAGUGGCGACCAUACGAUAUCGCGCAAUCCUGGGAACAAUGUGCCGCUAUAUCCGGGAACCGGUAUGUUCGAGCAUCCCGACAUAGUUCGCGCGCAUUCAGCAAAAGCCGUGGACGACAAGGAUCUGCGGAGAAUCUAUCCCGAUCUAGUUUGUGGGGUUGCUCUGGAACAGUGGGAUUACCAAGACCCCGUCGAUAAAAGCUUAGACUCGGCGUUUCAGCAGACGAUUACCACGCAUAUCACUCGAAUCCAGCUCCUGUACGACAUCUGGUGUCGUUAUGGCGUGCAUCUCAAGAAGCGAUUCAAGCAUAGUGGCCUCAAUUGGCCGGAGUUUCGCGAGGUACUGCAGGGCGUCGGCGUUUGGCAUCUUUACGGGCAUGUGCCUGAAUGCCAUCGCCGCUUUUCGCCAUCAUACAGUCCUCGCUCUGGGAUUGUUGACGGGGAGAUUCUGGAAACUUUGUGGUCCCUACUGAAUGCAGUCCUUCAGUCCUGUCGCGGAAUGUCCCUCGCGGCUAGGGAGGAGAAGAUCAACAUCCAUAUGAACGAUAUCAACUAUCGCAAGAUCGUGGGCAUGGUGGGCACCCUGGUGCGGAAGUACCGAAAAUAUAGCGCCGAGCUUUCAAUUCGUCAUCGGCAUCUGGCACGAUUGGAGCUAUCAUGCGAUCCGGACGAUAUACAGCGGUGGGAGUUAGCCCGAAAAGAGCUGGAAGAGAAACGGGUUAAGGAUCCCUACUACGCCGACACCUUCUGGGACUCACCCGCUAUGCCUUCCGUCCCGAGCAAAAUCACUACCGAAGUCCAUCUCCUGGAAGAUGACGAGGGUGGGCUGGUGAAGGCCAUGAUCGAUUCGCUGAGGCUCGAGGAAAAUGGCCUUCGUAUGCAAGCGCAGGGCAAGGCUUGGGGUACCUCUCUCUCGGAUCGACGGACCGCUGCGAUAGCCCGCACUCGUUUCAACAACCGCCGAAUCAACGCCAAUAAGCGUCUUAACCAGUUGCUCGGGACGCAUGAUGCAGACGAAGCUGAGCUUCUUUCACCUCGACUCCCAAAGCUCCUGGACGAGGACGAAUGGGGCGAAGACACCGAUCCGCAGCAUGGUUACGAUCUUCGGGUUCAGGCUGAGUUCAAGCCUGUGUAUCUACCUUCCGCAAGAGAUCAAACGCAGCUCACGAGGGAGAAUCUAAGCAACGUUGAGCGACACGCCCUGGAUAUCGAGAUUGCUCUGCGACUUGGAGAUAUGGUCGAUCGACUUCAGGAAAUAAGGGAAGGGUUGUGCGAUCAAGCCCAAUCCUAUCGCCUGGAAAUACGGAAGAAGAAGGGGAAAGGGAAGGCGAACUACCGAGACCGCACAAACGCUUGGCUCCACGUCCGCGCGCAAACAAAAGAUGUCAGGGUUCAUGCAGCCAUCUACAAUCACCACGUCCGUCGGUUGCACAGGUGUUUCUGGGACACCGGUGGAGAGGCAUUGGCACGCUACAAGACCUUGGAAUCACAGUUCAAGCUAAUACGCCCAGAAGACAUUCGGUGUUCGACUGCAACGUACGACAUGUACAACGACCAACGCACUCGUGGAGAGUUCAAACUUCCGUGGUUUUGGCGAAUGGAAGCCAGUGGAGAUAUACCCGAGUUGGAGGCAGUCACCGGUGAUCAGUCUAUGGACGAUGACACCUUCAUAGGGAGCUGUAAGUCGUCAAAUCCGUCUAUUCACAUUCUGUGA